AUGGAUGACAAGAGCACGCAGCGAAGGGAUCAUACCCAUGUCCAUCGUGCGCCUGCAAAGUACGAUGUCACAAAGAUGAAAAGAGCGCUUGGCUCGCCAUCUGUCUGCAUCGUUGGCAGUGGCAUCUCUGGCAUGAUUCUCGCCAUCGAGCUGUGCCUGAAGGGCAUCACCGAUGUCACAAUCUACGAGCGAACUGGAACCUGUGCAGGCACAUGGUCACAGAACACAUACCCCGGCUGUGCAUGCGACGUGCCGUCCCACUGGUAUUCGUACAGCAAGGUCAUGAACCCAGAUUGGUCGCAAGCCUUCUCGGCCCAGCCCGAGAUUGAGAAAUACUGGGAGCAUGUGCGCGACUUGUACAACUUGAAAGCGAUCACGAAGUACUACACCAACUUUGAGGACGCUACGUGGAACGAGUCAAAGCAGAAUUAUACUGCUCGCUUUAGGGACGUCUCACCCCAGAAGGGCGGCCUUGAGUCGACCGAAGACUUUACGAUCACAGCUCAGGUCGUUGUGUCUUGCAUCGGCGGAUUCUCUUUACCGCUUGACAAGCCACCUGGUCUGCCAGGCAUCGAGAACUUUGAGGGCAAAUCGAUGCACAGCGCCCGCUGGGACAACAAGAUCGAGCUCAAGGGUAAGAAAGUCGGUAUCAUCGGCAACGGCUGCUCUGGCGCUCAGAUCGUACCUACGCUGGCAAAGGAUCGCUCGAUCCAACUCUACAAUUUCUCCCGAACGCCAUCCUACUUUGUGCCCCGUCCUCAGCACACUUAUCCACGCAUCGUCAAGUGGAUGUUCCGAUACAUCCCAGGUGUAGCACUGCUGUAUCGCUUCUUCAUCGCCUUCGUUAGCGAUCUCAGAUGGCUAGCUUGGUUGAUGAACAACCGCUUCAUCCGCUGGUACGCCACCAAUAUGUCAGUCACGCAUAUUAAGAAGACGGCGCCGAAGAAGUAUCUCGACUUCCUGAUUCCAAAGUAUCCCUUUGGCUGCAAGCGUGUCAUCAUGGACCCCGGCUACCUCGAGUCGCUCCAUCAGGACAACGUCGAGCUGGUCACUGAUCCCAUCGACACAAUCGUCGACAAGGGCAUCCGAGGCAAAUCUGGCCAGGUGUACGAUCUGGACGUCAUUGUGCUCGCUACCGGCUUCAAUCUCUCGUCGAAGGGCCUCGGCCUCAAUCUGAUCGGACGGGGCGGUAUGGCGGUCCACGAAUGGUGGGAACAGACCAAUGGUCCGCAAGCCUAUCUCGGCACUACCUUGCCACAUUUCCCCAACUUUGCUAUGUGCCUAGGACCGAACGUCGCAAACGGACACGCGUCUGCCAUUGCUUCGAUCGAGCAUCAGAUCAAGCACGUCGUUGAGCUUUGCAAGGCCAUGACGGAUCGAGGCAUCACUUCCUGGGAGAUCAAGGAGCGCGUCGAGCAUGAAUUCAACGACAAGCUGCACAAGCGCCUUGGCAGAACAGCAUGGUCUGGCUGCGCUUCAUACUACCGUAUGGACAACGGCAAGGUCAUUGCUACCUGGCCCGGUACAGUGUUCCGCUAUGGUCUCCAGCUUCGCUCGCCUCGCUUCAGCGAGUACAAGCUUAAGGGUGACCGUGGAGCGGGCUACAUCUCCAGUGCAACCACGGCCGUCAAACACGGAUUGCUUGGCACGGUGAUUGGCACACUCCGACUGUUUGACUUGUAA